AGCGAACGGCGAUGGCAGUCGUUAUGCAACCGUAGGUCGUUGCGUCAGAGGGUAUUUUCAGACUCAUGGGCGCGGCGGCAAGCAUCGCGCCGGCCGUGUACGACAAGGCGCAGUGCCAAGCCCUCUGCGGCGACCUCUUUGACGAUGCACUUUGGCGCCAAGCAGCGACAGACGAGCGCAUCUCGCACGAGAAACUCCAGCUGCUUUUCCAGUCGAUCACCGACGUCUUUGUCUCGCACGCCACCGAAGACGCGUCCGUAGCCAGCGCCAUUAGCAAGACGCUUUCCAACCGCGGCAUCGCGACGUGGGCAGCGUCCGAGACCAAUCAUGCGCGUGACGCUGGCCUCGCAAAUGCCCGCUGCGUCCUCGUGCUCGUGACCCAGCGCUACAUGGACGACGUGGGCGGCAGCGGCAACCGGGGCCAGUGCCAGCGCGAGUUCAACGCAGCUCUCAAGCAGCACAAGCCCGUGAUUGCAAUCCUACUCGACCCGGCACCGGCGCUAAGACACACGGCCAACUGGACGGGCGACGUGGGGGCAGUCUUCCAUGACGCAGCGAUCAUCGACUAUACGAGCAGCGAUAUCGACGAGAUCGCGAUGCGCCACGACGAUAUUCUGGCGCGCGUUCGCCGGGCCGUGGAGAUUCCGUUGGCAGAGCGCUUUGCGCAGACCGUCUUUGGUGCUGGCGAGAAAGACGAAAGCAGCACGCGUACAUCUUCGUGUGUCGACGACGGAAUGGCGCCCAAGAUUGCGUACUCGCCCGUGCCGGCGACGAUCGAGGAUGGUCCUCUCGAUGUGGCGUUUCAAGACCUCGUGUCGCAGCUCCAAGGCGCCGGGCCGUGGACAACGCUCUACGACUACCCGUUCACCAACGACACAGUCAACCGGUCGUCCAACCAUUGCAUGGAGCUGCCGAAAAGCUGCAUUGGCAUCGAGAACGGUCUCAUUUUGGCCGGGAGCUACCUCGCCGAGCUCCAAGACCGCCCUGACCUUCUCGCGCUCGGCCCCGUUGGCGGCAAGCUCAAUAAGCACAAAUUUGUUCUGAGUGUCCGCAUCUGGAUCCAAGGGCCCGGCUACGUCGUGGCGGGCGGGCGGCAUAAGACGUGGUUUUCGCUGGAGCUCACGCGCGCGAUGGGUCUCCAGAUUGCCUUUAACGGCGGCGCCGACACCUUCCCCGUGAGCAAGGCCAACGAAGCCAUUACGGUGCCGACCGACGCCUGGCUUCGCGUGGCGGUUCACGUCGACGUACGUGCCAACGUGGUGCAAGUCGCCUUGAACUCGGAACGACUCGACGACAUUGCGCUGCCCAAGGGCUUUCGGUACUCGCACCUCACGAAUGCGAUGGCCGAAGGGGCGUUCUACUUGUACAACCCGGCGCACAAGGCGCGGCUCUUCCGCGGUGGUCUCCGUCACCUCUCGCUGCUCUCAGCGACAAAUGUACGGUACGACGACGCGCCGCCGAUGCCCAGCGCGUUCAUCGCCAAGCGCAACGACCUCGUUGCCGGCCUCACAGCGCUCUGCGAUUAUCCCUUGGAGACCGAUUUGAUCGAUCGCGUUUCAGGUCGUACGCUGCUGGUGCCAUCGACGAGCUACUUGGAGCCGCGCGCAGGUCUCUUCCUCGACGGCGACUACUACGGCGCACAGGAGACGCGGCCAGAAGUCACGUGCGCGGGUGCGUUUACGACCGAAAUGUCCAAGACAAACUUUGUCGUCGCCGCGACCAUUUGCCCGUUCGGGGAAGGCUGGGUAUGGUGUCUCGGGAAGGGCUGGCGCUGGUUUGGCGUGGUUAUAACCGGUGACAUGCAGGUCGAACUUGUGCUCAACCACCAGAAGCCGGCCUACCCGAUCGAGUUGCGUGGCGAGCGCAUCACGCUACAGCGCCAUACGUGGGUCCACUUGGCAGUGCAAGCCCGCGGCAAGAAGGUGUGCGUCUUCCUCAACGGCGAGCCCCUCGAUGUGAUCGAUCUCGGACAAAAAUUUGCCUACUGGGUCGGCGAAGGUGACGACAACUCGCUCCUACUGCAUGGUGACUCGGCCAACGAGACCUUUUUGGGUACAUGAAAGACCUCGCGUGCUGGUCCAGCCAAGAGAACCUCGAGUAAGCGUCGUUCGACCAGUGUACAUACCUCUAGGCAGUUCGCAGCCUCGGGCUUAGA